AAUGUAUCUCAAUAUUAUGCAGGUAUGGUUCUUGAAGGAGGUUCCAUCUCAGUGGAUGGACAAGGAACACUAGUGACGACAGAAGAGUGCUUAUUGAAUCCAAAUAGAAACCCAUCCAUGUCUAAAGAAGAAAUAGAGCAUCGCCUCCAGGAAUUCCUCGGAAUUAAGAAAGUUAUCUGGUUGCCUUAUGGAGUCUAUGGCGAUGAUGACACAAAUGGACAUGUGGAUAACAUGUGCCAGUUUACUCAGCCAGGAACCGUUGUGUUACAUUGGACUGAUGACCCAAAAGAUCCUCAGUAUGAAAGGUCUCAUGAAGCCUAUGAACGACUUAACAGUACUACCGAUGCGAAGGGAAGAAAGAUUAAAGUGUUCAAGUUGCACCUUCCUGGCCCUUUAUACCGGACUGUUGAGGAACAGUUUUUCUUUGAUGGUUGCAAAUUACGACCAGCUGGACAAAGACUUCCUGCGUCCUAUGUGAAUUUCUACGUGACCAAUGGAGGAGUUGUAGCUCCGAAAUUCAACCACCCAAACGAUGAACUUGCUAAGAAAACAUUAGAAGAAGCCUUUCCAGGACGACGCAUUGUUCAAGUAUAUGCCAGAGAAGUUUUACUUGGUGGAGGUUGUCUGGGUUGUAUCCAUUGUAUGACUCAACAACAGCCACAAUAAGGGCUUUUAUAUGAAAUCUUUGUUCUUGUGUCUUUCUCUAUAAAGGUAUAAUACGUUUU